AUGAGAGCGUCCAUGGUAUUGAACAGCGUCGCAGUCACGCGGGUGUGCGCUGCGUGUCGGGGGGCCGCGACGCCCCCCGCGCCAUUAUCGUCAUCAUUAUCAUCCCCUGCCUUCCCGACAGCCGCAGCAAGGAUACCGCGGGCGCCGGCGAGGUGCUGGCUCUCGCAGUCUCGGAGCACGCUUGCCUCGCAGCCAACAAUAGCAACAGCGGCCGACCCUAGACCAGACUCGGAGAGCCAUCAGCAGCGGCACGGGAAAGUACCAACCUACUACGCCCUCUUCCCGGAGACGCUGCCGGCCGGCCCGCCGCCCUCGGGGCUGUUUCACAUCAAUGUGCGCGCGCUACGGCGCGAGUUCCUGCGCCUGCAGGCGGCGGCGCACCCGGACUUCCACCACCACGCCGCCAAGGCAUCAUCAUCAUCUCCCAGCAACACAACAACAGCACCAGACGAGCAGCAGUGUCAACGAGAGGGCAACAGCGCGGCACAGCAGACGGUGCGGGCGGCGGGCGCGACCAGCGCGCUGAUCAACCAGGCGUACAAGACGCUGUCGAGCCCGCUGGCGCGCGCACAGUACCUACUGCGCGAGCAGCACGGCGCGGACCUGGAAGGCGACGAGCACGGCGCCGAGACGGACCCGCUCGACGCGGAGCUGCUGACCACGGUGCUCGAAGCGCGCGAGGCUAUCGAGGACGCCGCGCGCGAGGCCGACCUCGCGCCCGUGCGCGCCGCCAACGACGCUCGCAUCGCUGCCUGCGAGGAUGCGCUCGCGCGCGCGUUUGAGGGCGGUGAUCUCGAGGCGGCCAAGGCCGAGACGGUCCGCCUGCGGUAUUGGAUUAAUAUCCGUGAGAGUGUGGAUAAUUGGGAACGCGGCAAGCCGGUGGUGUUGCAUCAUUGA